AUGACACACUUACUGUUGAAAAUACAACAAGAACUGUUGAUCCUGAGCCUGGAACUUCUGGCAUCCGUCAGAGAAAACGUCUACGAAAUAUUGGAGCUGACAGAUCAUCAUCAGAUAGUUCUAGUGAAAAUGAAAACGAAGUUAAAUACAUGGAAAGUGAUGACAGUACAAGUAAUGAUCAUUUUUUCGAUGAUGGAGAUGAACAGCCCACUGAAGAAAAUAAAAAAAGUGGAUAAAUCAACGGGAAAGUACGCAGUUGUACAAUUUGAGCAAAGCUAUUUUCCUGGUCAAAUUACUAAUGUCUCGAGGGUAGGAGCAACCGUAAAUGUGAUGGAAAGUGCUGGAAAACAGUCGAAGUGGCCUCUUAAGAAGGACGAGAUAUUUUAUAGGAACGAUGAAAUUGUUAUGGGCAUAAACGUUCCAAUGCAACGUGGAAAGCGAGCCUUAUUUGACGUUCCAGAAUUGAAAGACAUUCUUGAAUAA